AUGAAGAAUCGUGGAAAAAAUUUCGAUGUUGUACACCACGGUAUGGUACUACUCAGUGAUGGUAAAGGUCGGGGACGACCCGCACGACUGGAACUUACAAAAGAUGUUCUCAUUAUUCAAAUAACUGCUAAAAGCAGUUUUUCCGACGAAACGAAGGAUUCGAUAAUGGAACUUGAUACUAGCAUAAGACAUGUUAAGUUAUGCAAGAAAAGUGACGCUGGUUUAGGAUUAUCAAUCAAAGGUGGUAGUGAUGGCAAUCAGCAAGUUCCGGUUGUCAUUUCAAAGAUUUUCCGUAACACUCCUGCGGAAGCGUGCGGCCAGCUAUAUCUUGGCGAUGUGAUCGUUGAAAUAAAUGGUCAGUCGACAGAUGGCAAAACUCACGAUGAAAUUGUCCAAAUUUUGAAGGAUACUGGAGAUGAAGUGACUCUUAGUGUCAGACAUUAUAUACAAAUUGCUCCUUAUCUAAAGCCGUCAGAUUCACUCAGAUCACACACAGAAAACGCAUUCGACCGUCUUUAUGAACCGAACACCUGGAAGAGCUCAUUAAAAGUACAGUCAUCGGUUCCGGCAGGUGAUAUAACUAGUAUACGAAGUUCGACCGGUCGAGGUACAGCUGAAGACACGCCAGAUGAAUGGAAAACGAUGGCUAAGAUCCCACUACCGAUGGCGUUUAUUACGCGUUAUUUGUGGGGAACUGAUAAAUUGAGAAACAAUGCAUUCGAAGUUCGUGCGGUCGACGGCUCAUCGACAGGUAUUGUACACUGCGAAGAUAAAAAUACUACGGAACAAUGGAUUAAACACAUUCAGAGUCGCAUUACAUCGCUCAAUUAUAAAUCCAUCAAACUGUCAAAUAAAUAUUUGCAUAAAAAUGAGCAGAUAACGUACAUCGGUUGGGUAAGUGAACGAUUACCAGAAGAACAUUUCAAAGAUCCAUGUCAACGUUGGGAACCUCGAUUCAUCAUCCUGAAAGGCGGCGAACUUUGUAUUUUCGAGUCUCCACCACUGAAUUCGGAUGACUUGAAUAAGUGUGUAUCGCUAUACAAAAUUUACGAUACAGCAUUCAAAGUGAUGGAUAGAGAAAAACCGGCGUUAGACAAACGUGAUUAUUGUUUCUGGAUUGAAACAUCCAUAAAUGGAUUGAAACAUUACAUGUCAGUUGAGAAUCAUCAUCAAUUCAAUCAGUUUGACGUAGCUUAUCACCGUUGUCUGCACAGUACUGUCAACAGCUUCCAGACACGCACAUUUGCAUGCAGUUAUCAAGGGCGCCCUAGUGGUUUGGUAAUUGAUAUCAAGCAGGGUAUAAGCUUAUACGACAUUCCUACAAAGCGCUACUCGUGGCAGUAUCGUUUCUGUGAUUUGGAAUCAUCAUCUGAUGAUGGAAAAAUACGACUCCGACUUAUUUUCCGAGAUAUGCGAAGUUCAUCUAGCAAUAAUUUAGAAAUUAAGGAUAUUGAUAGUGAUGAACUUCUGUUUAUUGUGUACACAAUGCAUGCGUUUUAUGUAACCAAAGUUAUUGGAACGGAUCCGGAUUACCUGAAAACUGUUCCGCUUAUUUAG